GGGCACGGCUACGGGCGGCGGGGUGCGCGGGGCGGCCGCGGCGGUCCGGAGCGGAGCGGUGAAAGCCGGCUUUUUGGAGCGGAGCGUUACGUCUGAGGCUGUCCAAAUGCCAGCUCCUUCCCUGCAGCCUGCUCGCCUCGGUACGUAACCUUAACCGGGAGCUGCUGUUACUUUAAAUAAGAACUCUCCGUGCCUCGUGUUGUAAGGUGAGAAAUUCUUCUGGAAGAGGACGGUGGUGACACUUGGAACUCCCUGGUAGUGCUGGCAGGGAGCUGCAAGCAGGCAGAAACGGAGCAAACGCCCGCAGGAGCUGUCAGCCUUGGGAUCUGCAGAGGAAAAGUGCCACUGGAGAAAGUAACAAAGCCUGGGAGUAAGAAGAGCCGCGUUGUAUCACCCCUGCAAGCCAACCCAGCUCACAGCUCCUCUCUGCUUCCCUUAAGCUGCUGUUUUAUUCAGUGAUCUUUACUGCAUCUGUUCUUCUCUCUGCCUGCCGUGCUCCGUCACAGCAGUUGUGCUGCUGGAAGAAGACCUGGAGGAAGAUGUGCUGAAGCCUCAGACGUCAAAGAGGAGAAGCUUGGAUCCUGCCUUGGAGGCUGCAUACCUCCCAGUGCUGGAGGGAAGGAGGACGAGGAAGAACUUGCUGUAGUUCCCCAUUCCCACUGUGUUCUCUGCUGGCUCAGCUGUUGGUGUCCCCCAUUCCUGGACUUUGCUUGAUGGGGAUCUCUGCUGUGGGAGCAGUCUCUGCACUCAAAGGCAGGAGAGCAGGGGUAGGAGAGGUGGCCUCUAGAUGCCGGAAAGGCCAUUUAUGUAAGCUCCUGGCAGAAGGUCUCUUCUGGAACAGCUGCUGGCUGUAGGCCCACCAAGCUGAGGUUCAGGAUAGCCUCUCUGCAGCAUGUCUUCCAAGCCAGAGCAGAAGGAGACCCACCAGGCCAAUGGGGCCGUGCUGCCUGCCGUGCCCAUGGACUGCCUUGUCAGUCCAGACCGGGGGCAGCUGGUGGAGCCCUCCAAUUUCCUGGGACCUGAUGGCGUCGGGGUGGAAGUGGUGGUGCUGGAGUCCCGUGCUAAUGCUAAAGGUGUGCGAGAAGAAGAUGCCCUGCUGGAAAAUGGCAGCCAGAGCAAUGAAAGUGAUGACACCAGCACAGACAGAGGCCCUGAGCCAGCCUCACCGCUCAAGGAGACCUCCUUUUCCAUCGGGCUGCAAGUCCUCUUUCCCUUCCUCCUGGCAGGCUUUGGGACAGUUGCUGCUGGAAUGGUGCUGGACAUUGUGCAGCACUGGGAUGUCUUCAAAUACGUGACUGAGGUAUUCAUCUUGGUGCCUGCACUGCUGGGCCUGAAGGGGAACCUGGAGAUGACGCUGGCAUCUCGCCUGUCAACAGCUGCUAAUAUUGGCCAAAUGGAUACACCCAAAGAGCUCUGGAAGAUGAUAACAGGGAACAUGGCUCUGAUACAGGUUCAGGCUACCGUGGUUGGCUUCCUGGCCUCGAUUGCAGCAGUGAUAUUUGGAUGGAUUCCAGAUGGGCACUUCAGCCUUGACCAUGCUGUCCUGCUCUGUGCCAGCAGCGUGGCUACUGCUUUCAUUGCUUCCCUUGUUCUGGGCAUGAUCAUGAUUGGAGUCAUCAUUGGAUCCAGGAAGAUGGGGAUCAAUCCUGACAACGUAGCCACACCAAUUGCUGCCAGCCUGGGGGAUCUCAUCACCCUGGCUCUGCUUUCUGGAAUCAGCUGGGGCUUGUACAAAGAGCUGGAGAGCAAAGCAUACGUGAAUCCUUUGGUGUGCGCCUUCUUCAUAGCUCUGCUGCCCAUCUGGAUCAUCAUUGCCAAGAAGAAUGCAGCAACUCGGGAGGUGCUGUACUCUGGCUGGGAGCCAGUCAUUAUUGCAAUGGCAAUUAGCAGCGUUGGGGGUUUAAUUUUGGACAGAACAGUCUCAGAUCCAAACUUUGCUGGGAUGGCCGUCUUCACACCUGUAAUUAAUGGUGUGGGUGGCAACCUGGUGGCAGUGCAGGCGAGUCGCAUCUCCACGUACCUGCACAUGAGUGGGAUGCCUGGAGAGAGCCCUGAAACAGCCCCUCGCAAAUGCCCCAGCCCUUGCAGCACUUUCUUCAGCUCAGAUGUGAAUUCCCGUUCUGCCCGUGUGCUCUUCCUUCUGGUCGUGCCUGGACACCUGGUUUUCCUUUACACCAUCAGCUCCAUGCAAGGUGGACACACUACACUCACCCCGAUUUUCAUUGUUUUCUACAUGACAGCUGCACUUCUCCAGGUUCUCAUUCUGCUGUACAUUGCUGACUGGAUGGUGCACUGGAUGUGGGGCAGGGACCUCGAUCCUGACAACUUCUCCAUCCCCUACUUGACAGCGCUGGGUGACCUGAUUGGAACAGGUCUCCUUGCUCUCAGCUUUCAUGUCCUCUGGCUUAUUGGUGACCGGGACUCUGAUGUGGGGGAUUAGCCCUCCCCGCCACCCCUCCCCUCCUCUCAGCUCUCCUCCAUUCAUUUCCAUCGUGGUUGUUUUUCUUCCACCCUCGCUCUCCUCUCCUUCCUCCCCCCCACCCCCGUCUCUCACGAGACUUCAUCUUUGAUACAGGAUUCUCAUUAUUUUCAAUGGGAAUUUUAUGUGGUUUAUAUUUCAAGCCAAGUUUGUACAGAAAAUAAAUCUAGUUUUAGGAAGGACGCGAAAGUGUAACGAGACAAUCACUAAGUGCAAUUUCCUAGCAGUUGUCUGACCAGUGUUCCAGGGGAGCUGCCCAUCAGCCGAUGGAGCACGCAGGAGGCCCACCUGUCCCACCCACUGGAGGUGAAAGGCUGCUUUGUUCGCUUCAUAAGCGUUUUAAAUACUGGAGAUAAGGUUCAGAUCAUUGUUGCUGAGAGGGCACCUUCUAGCAAAGUCCAGCCUUGUGGAUGAGGGCACGGGGAUCUCCUGCUUUCUCUGUCCUGCGACCCUUCUCCCUCAUGUUUUCUCCCUGUGUCCCUCCCCUGUGCCUCGCACCCAAAGCAUGCAGCUCUCUGGGCCAGAGAUGAUCCAGUUUUGUGCAUUCAGGCUUGCUGUGUGUGCUGCUGAUGGGCCCGCUGCAGCUGGGCAGGAGCUGCUCAGUACCUUCCCUUGCUGAGCCUGGAGCAUUUCAAACCUGGGGGCAUUAUGCUGCUGCUGUCUCUUAGAAGAUGCCGUCUGUUUUCAGCCAUUGGCUUCCCCUGCAUGUGUAGGAGAAAGCAGGAAAACAGGUCAGCAGCACAGCCUGACUUGUGCAGCCAUGCACUGUCGGUGCAGCGCUCUGUGUGGCUCUCAGCAGAGCACCCUGCUUGCCUCGAGCUGCACCUGGAGCCUGGGGUUGGUGACAGCCCAGCAUGCCAGCAGGGGCUGAGCACUGCGAGCCUUAUUUCCCUCCUGCUUUUUGUGCUGCUCAGCUGGGAGGUGGCCGGGAAGCCCUCCCUUCCUCCACCUGUGCACCCUGGGAGGAUUCUCAUGCAGUCUGCAGUGGCAUAACGAGAGAAAAGCUGCUCUGGUUGUGUGACUGAGGCAUUUGUAAAUCAUCUUCCUGAGCGCUGUCAGCACUCAGCGCUUUUGACUUUUCCCAUUUGGAUAUAAACCGACUCAGUGAGCUGAGCACAGUUUGUUUAAGCGGGUCUUAUUGACUUGGGAGCUUCACUCGGUUGCAUCGAGUUUAAGUGGUGCACUCGAGCAGACAGCGCUGUUAAAGAGGCUCUGAUGUAAUCUGAACGUAUGUGUGCAUGGGAGAGAGCUCCUAAUGUUGGUAGGGAUGGGGAUCAUAGCGUCCCAUGGGACCCAGCUUUGGUGCCGCAGUGCCCAAAGCACAGGGAGAUGCCCACAGUACCCAGCAUGGUGUCCUGGCCCCAAAAUAACACCUGAGCUCUGACAGAGCUCACACUGCAGCCUGGAGCACUGCAGCCCUGUGCCUGCUGUGCUGCUGCCUGUCCUGGUUGCCUGCAGAUCCAGGGCAUCACCCGAGAGCUGCAGGAUUUGGGGUUGCCUACAGGCUGCUGCUUUUCUUUUCUUUGCCUUGAUUGGCUUCAGUUCCUCCCUUAGGGUUAUCUUCAGCAUUUCUUGCACGAAGAGGCUGUGCUCCCCUCCUCACCUUGCUGCUGUGAAGCUCGCCUUCCCCUCUCCAUCUCUGCGCUGUGUCCUUAAUGGCCGUAGCUCUGCCCCUCCUCCUGUUCUCCAUAGCAAUUUGGCUGCUCGCAGGUCUGAUUUCAGCCACAGCUCUGUUCAAAAACACGAGGAAAACCAAAAUCAACAGAACAACCAACCAAACUCACACCCCAAAGCGAGAAGUCUGAGCCCGGGGGCUCCUACAGCAUCCUCUGCUGUCACCUCCUAUCCCUGCCUGAUGCCGAGAUUCCCUUCCACUAACACCCAUUGGUGUACAGCUGUGCCAUUGCUGCUCUGUGCUGUGCUGUCGGUGUUUGGUUCCCCGGGGAAGAAGUGGUGCCAGAGGGCACCGCUGUGCUCACAGUCUCCAUGGGGGCUGUGGGGUGAAUGGGACGGGGCAGGAUCUCGUUGAGCAUUGCAGCACAUUGACAGCCCAAAGCUUUUCCCACCACUCGCACUCGGUUGCAUGGCCCACCCUCCAGCUGGCUGCAAGCGAGAAACACCGGUUUACUCUUUUUAUUCAAGGACAAACAACAGAAAAGAAAAGACUGUCUUAAUUAUUUAUAGUUACUGUAACUGCAUUGACUGGAUGUCAACUGAUGAUAAAUUAUAUUUGGUUAAAUAAAGAUGACAUUUAUUUAUGUGGA